AAAGUUGCGUACCUUCAAAGAGAGGCUCGAGUCAGUAGUUUUCGAAUUUUUUUUCUCAUUCUGGAUUUGAUUAUCAGCGUGUGUAGACGUAUUGCGAUACUACUCAGAGAGUUAUUCUUUAUUGAGACUAGUGUUCGGUUCUGAGAUUUCUGACAAUUUCUACGGUCGUGACGUUGAUUCGGCAUCAUUGUUGAGAAGUCAUCAUGAACCAAGAUUUGUGUGAGGAGUCCACGACUCAUGUCCAGAAACUGGUCAGCGGCCAGACGAAGGACGACUCUGAAACUGAAAGGAGCACGUUUGUUGGGGGUCAUGACCUGAACCGUGGAUUGGGAUCUGGAGGUUCCUUGACUGGUAGUGAGGAGACGGCCAUGGCUUGUGGGAAGACAACACCCAACAGCUCAAGCUGUGCGGUGCUUGAUCAAGAUGUCGGAAAAUGCGCUAAGAAAGGCGAGAAGACGUCUAUCUUUGGAGACGUGUCUAAUGUCUUGUCUGUGGCAAACUUAACCCCUGCCUGGUUUGCUCAGUCGGGCCUGCUGUCCCUAGUGCAGACUGAAUACACGUCAUCCUCAUCGGAGCUGCUGUCAUCGGCUAAGUCAUCUUUGUUGGUUGAGACAUCGUCAUCAUUUGAUCGGUCCUCGGUAGUGGAGACAUCCUCAUCACCUGAACCAUCUCCUUCAGUUGAGAGAUCUUCAUCUGUUGACCCGUCAUCAUUUUCAGAGACACUUUCAACAAAGAAAGAAGAUGAAGGGAACCAGGCGUCCAUCAGUCUGUACUCUGGCUUGAGAAGGCUUAGCCUGAAGAUGUCUUCAGUCGCCAGUAGCUCUUCCUCCAUGCUCCCGGUACCCCCGCCGGAAAACAACAAGACUGACAAACUCAACAGCAUCACCGAGCAUGAGAGAGAGUCUGCUAGUGCUGGAGAAUCCAAGCUCUCAGAUAAAACCUCGCCGUGUUCAUUGGUGUCUGCGGCGUCUUCAGCAAGACCCUCAUCACAACAGUCUGUACCUAGAAUGACACCACGACCUUGUAACGUGUUCGUGUGCUCCAGGAUAAACCCAGAGGUCAGACAGAAACAGGACCAGGGCUCCUCCGCAUCUGGUGUUGCCGAAGGUGCCGCGGGACAAACCAGACCCCAGCGACCCCGUAUCGUCUUUUCCUCCUUGGUCAACAUAAGCCUUAGACUAGCUGAGAUUUCGGCUGCUUCCAUUGUCAAGAACGUCGAUCGACGAGUCAGCAAGAGGCCGAGUUCCCCGUCGAGCUGUUCCAACGCUGCCCUGUUUCUCAAGACAUCAACCCCUCCUCCUCUGCACCCAGACUCUAACGACACAGAUUUUAGCUGUGUGGGAAGACAGGAACAGUUUACACAGAUACAAGAUAGACAGGCCUUUGCUCAAUUACCCAUCGUAACUGUCUCUAGAAUGCCGCCAAUGCCGAAGUUCUGGGAAUACAAACCUCUUGAGUUUAAUGAGGUGAUCGUGGUCCACGCGGAGAGCCCAAGUAGUUUUGUGGUAAGGAAAUUAUUUUAUGUUCUAAUCCACUCACUCAUGAUGUACCGUAUUAUCUAAUCU